AUGGCUCCCUAUGAGGCACUAUAUGGCGAGGAGAUGCAGGAUCACCCUAUUUCUUUGCGGGAUGAGCGUGGGAGAGAGAAGAUUAGCGCAUUGGUGAAGUGGCUUACCGACUGCACUACUGCCACUCUUUCCCGUGUGCAUAAUGUGUUUCAUGUUUCUAUGUUGAAGAAGUUCAUCGCAAAUCCUGAUCAUGUAAUACAGUUUUCAGAUUUUGAGCUCAACAAUGAUAUGACAUAUGAGGAGCGUCCUGUGAAGGUCGUGGACUUCAAAGAGCAAGCUUUAAGAAGACGGACCAUUCCUUAUGUAAAGGUUCAGUGGAGCAAUCAUUCAGAGCGUGAAGCGACAUGGGAGUUAGAGUUAGAGAUGAGAGAGAGUGGCGGACCCAGUAUAUUGGCAGCCCGGGCUGAAGCCCGGCUGGACUGCCGGAAAUCAUUACAAAGGGUGGAAUCGGCGAAGUUAAAGCCGGGGCUGAUGGAGAAGGCAACCAUUACUAUAGAAGAGUUAGCAAUUGGCUUAGAGAAGAGUGACCAAAAGUUUGUAUGGGUCCUGAGAGAUGCUGAUGGUGGUGAUGUAUUUGCUGAUGAACAAAACGCUGACAAGAGAAGAAGAAAGUUGCCACAAGGAUAUGAAGAAAGAUUGAAAGGUGUUGGAAUGGUUGUGAGAGAUUGGGUUCCACAGUUGGAAAUACUAGCACACAAAGCCAUUGGAGCAUUCAUGAGUCACUGUGGAUGGAACUCAUGCAUGGAGAGCUUGAGUUUUGGAGUGCCAAUUCUUGCAUGGCCCAUGCACUCGGACCAACCAAGGAAUGCCAUGUGUGUGAGUGAGUAUUUGAAGGUGGGGUUCAUGGUGAGGGAUUGGGAACAUAGAAUGGAAGUUGUGAGCUCAAUGGUGAUUGUGGAGGUGGUGAAGAGAUUGAUGGUGAGUGAUGAAGGGAUGGAGGUGAAGGAUAGGGCAAGGGAACUUGGUGAACAAAUUAGGGUUGGUGUUUCACACGGUGGUUCUUCUUGGAAAGAGAUGCAAUCCUUCAUUUCAUAUAUUAGUACAUGA